AUGGACCAGCUCAGGCUGGAUGUGGAGGACACCGCGGGUGCCGGGCAUCCAGCUGAUACUGUGCUCCCCUCGGAUGCUGUGCUCUUCGCAGAUACCGUGCGACUCGCAGAUGCAGCGCUCCCCACGGAUGCUGUACGCCCCGCGGUUAAGGUUCGGGACCCUGAGGCCCCUUGGCCGUCAGCCCGGCACUCCUGUUUCCGCCGUCUGCUGUUCUGGUGCCUAGGCGCCUUGGUGCUGUUCGGGGUCGUCUGUGGUCCCAUCGCCCUCCUCACCCAGACCCAGGCGGCACCUGCACCUACAAUCCCUACUUUGCCGGGCUGCGCCAACACUAAAGCACAGAAUUCGGUGUCCGCCAAACUACUGGCUAAAAAUGAAGCAUUGCUAAAUGAAAACAAGACUCUGAAAUGGCACAGUGAAGACGGAGCUGGGACCUCCUACCUGUCCCCGGAUCUGAGGUACAGAGAGGACCAAAACCAGGUGGUGGUGACAAAACCUGGGCUGUACCUCGUGUCCUUGCAACUGAAGCUCAAGAAAGUGUCCAAAAACACGGACCACACGGUGCAGGGCUGGGCCUCUCUGGUUCUGAAAACAGAGCCUCAGGCUGCCGAUCUUAUCAAGUGGGCCCCAAGGGUGGACCUGUCCCCUGACUCCAAGGAAGCUCAAGGUUCCUGGUAUCACCUGAUGCACCUAGAGGCUGGCCACCGCCUCAGCGUGGAUCUGAGGGUCUAUCUGCACGGCCACCAGAACGCAUACAAAGACUGGCAGCUGUCAUACCUCAACACCACCAGCUUUGAGCUCUUCCUUGUGUGUAACCAGACAACUCAUGGCAAGUCUUCUUACCCACAGGGCUGCUACUAGCCAUCUUGUGACACCUGGUUGCUGAGACCCCAAGCUGCUAUAUCUCAUGGGGCCUGAGCAGGGGUUCCCCUCUCCAGUUCUACCCACUUGUCUUUGACUGGAUUCUAUUUAUUGUGAGCAUGGCUCAGACAAUACUUUACACAUUUCAUUAGAGAGCAUUAGUAAACUGCUGGGCAGUUAGUUACUAGAGAGAAACCAGUCAUCAAAGGCCUCAAAUCAAACUCUAUUUAUAUUAAUAUAUGAGAAAUA